CUGCCGCCUGCCAGUGUGUGGUGAGCAUCGUUGGGGAGAAUACCGACGCGCCGCCCCGCCCCGCCCCGCCAUGGCGUGCGUACCCCGGCACGCGGCGCCUAGCACCCACGGCAUCGACGCCUCCAUACCGAGUUAUGAUCAUGGACAUCUUAUGAAGAGAACCAUGGGACCAGCAGAGGGAAGACCACGGUCACACAUGAGGACGACCAUCCGGUACAUGUGGGUGACGGAGGUAUUCUCGGGGACUGGCUUCUUCGCGGUGACAGAGAAGGGCCAGGAGAAGGUCGCUGAGGUGAAAGCCGCCUUGGCGGCCCAGCUGGGGGACUCCCCCACCAUGGCUGAGCAGGUGGUGCCCAGGAUGAUCUGUGCACUGAAGGUGAACGGCAGCUGGGAGCGAGUGAUGGUGAGGAGCCAUUGCACCGUCAGCUCUUGCUCACUGAGGACGGAGGGCAAAGAGCAGCCGUCCGCUCCGGAUCACUGGCACGUUAGCCUGAUGGAGGUGGGCAGCAUGAAGUGUGUGGCCUUGUCACAGCUGGCCCUUGUCACCAGGGAUAUUGCCUCAGAGACCCGCAAGGCCAGGCUGUACUUCCUGAGGCGCAUCUACCUUGAUGAUGAAAAGAAGGAUCAGGCCAAGGCAUUUCUGAAGAGCCAAAUCAUGAAUAAUCAGAGGCUGAUGGCUGAAGUCUUCUACCCCUCUUCAGGAAAAGGCCAGUGGCAGGCCCAUGUUGAGAUUGUCUUUGGUAAUACAUUCCUGAGUGAUGUACUUGUGGAUGCAGGCUUUGCUAAAUACACCAGGUUCAGGGCUCAUGACCAGAAGAGGAAGGUGCCAGAAGCAGCUUCUGGCAGUUCUCAGGACAUAGUGACUGUAGGCUCCAGAACCCUUGUACCUCAUGUACCACCAUGUGCAUCACGGGUCACAAAGUCUCAUGUAAGAAACAGCACACUGCCAGAAUUGAUGGAGCUCAUUGGCCAUCUGAUGAAGAAGCGCAAAGACGGUGCCUACCUGACCUCCAGACAUUCUGCACUGAACACAGCCAUCAAGUUACUAUAUACAGAAAGGGCCCCACAGCAUCAAGGGCUAUGUGAACGUGGAUAUGCAUCCCUAGAUAAGUAUCAGAAGCUUUUGAGGAAACUAAGGAAUGAAAGUCCAUAUGUUGAGGAAGUAAUGGACAUGACGGAGUCUCUCUAUGAGCAAUUAGCAGGAAUGUUUGGGAAAUGGAAGGAUAGUAACAAAAAGGCUCAGAAGAAGUCUGAUGUUGCCAUUGAUAUUAUGGCAAACAUUUUCCUCAACUUUAGAAAUUAUGACUUUGGACUUGAAAACUACAGACAUGAAUGCAAGAGGUUGGAAACCUCCUUAAGUAAUGAAUUACUUCUCAAGAAUGAAGGUCAAGGUCUGGCCCAGAUGAUUGUGCCAGUUGUGGCCACAAAACUGAUGGCUGCUAUUGAGAAACUGCAGACAUCUGCCAGUGGCCAGACACUGCAUCAGUUCAUCACCAGCAGCAGAAACAUCAGUUCUCUUGCUCUGGAAACUCUGGCCAAGGACAUUCUAAAGGGCCUGUACCACUAUCAUGUGAGGGGGAUAGCCUACAAGCAUCUACACCCAGAAAAUGUGCUUGUGAUCAAUGGCCAUGCACACCUGAAACUGAAAACCCUUAAUGACCUGCAGGAGUGUAUGAUUGGUGAAGACUGGCCAUUUGAGGGUGUUAAGGUAGCCAAGGAAGACCUGAGUAAACCAGGUGAUGUGUUCAAAUUUGGCUUAUUGGUCUUGUGGAUGGCAUGCAUGGGAGUUGACAGCUACAAUACUGCAACAAUGAAGUUCCUCUGCAACAUGACCCUGCUCAAGAUGAUCAUGGCUCAAAACCCUAACAAGCGGCCUCUAGUGGAGUCCAUGGUCUGUAUGAACAGCCCCAUCUUCCACUUUAGCAGCCAGGGGUGCAGCAUGCCACUGAGCUACUACCUCAAGAAAGUGUUCAAUGACAAGUGUGCUGCUGAGGUUGAGGAGGAGAGCUCUGACCAGCUCACAGAUAUGGAGAUGUGCAGUGAGUCAGAAAGCAUGUUCCAGCCAACCACUGAGGAGGAAUCAGGAAACGAAACCACUGAAAGUGAGGCUCCCAAGAGUAACCCUCCCAGCCUGCUGAGCACUGAAGGGGACGCCAAGAAAACACCCCCUUCAAGCACACUAAUGGAGGAAGCAUAACAUUUCUCAUGAUGUAGUACAGAAUAUAAGUGUUUUAAAGGAGUUUUAUUUUUUUAUAUCCAAAGAUUUUUAUCAGACUUGUGGUCAUAAGUUUGAUAUUGAGUGUUGCCUGCUUCUAGUUUAUUUAUACUCAUCUAACAUUCUUAUAAUGGAAGAUAUGAUUUGAUAUUGUGUUCAAGAGUUUGGGAAAGUGUCACAAAAUUGUGAUUGUACUCAUAUUCAUCAUUUUCUUAUGCAUGACUAAUGUGCUUUUGAUCACUCAGUUACUUAGAACAUUUUGAAGAAAACUUUAUGAAAAUCCUUCCUUCUUUUCCUUUAUUGAUACAUGUGAGGAAAGAAUGCAAGUUAAAACUUUUUGUCUGGACUAAGUGCAAAUUUGUAUGUGCAUUAAA